AUGGUUGCCCUCCUUCUAGGCCAAAACUUUGAUUUGGUAGCAGCGUCAAGGCCACUACUGCAUACACAUCCUCCAGCCGUACAUAUAGGAUCCUUGAACAAGCCAAUACCUCCUUCCAUUGGGCGGUUUACUAUAAACCGCUACAAGAUGACUGAGUCGUCGUCAGGCGCUGAUGCCUUCCGGCCAACUAGUCCUGGUCAUAGUCCUGGCGUUGGCCAUCAAGAUCCACCUGGUGCACUACUAUGA